AUGGAUUCAUUGUCGAAGAAGAUUCAGAAUCUGGGUAUGCAUGAUUUGAGAAAUGCUGGUAGGUUCAUGCAGAAUAUGAUUGUUCAGUAUGAGCCGUAUCAAAUUGAUGUGAGAAGAGCCUCUAAUACUGAUGCUUGGGGCCCAACCUCAAAACAUCUACAAAAAGUUUUGAGACAUAAAUAUAGUGUCCCAUUGUAUUUGAUUACUGAGUACACUUUGAAGAGAUUGAUUGAUCAUAUUGCUACGAAUUCGAAGAAUGUAUACGAAAAAGCUAGAAAGGAGUACGUCAAUUUCGGUUCAGAGUGGAGAGUUGUCUUUAAAUGUUUGGUUAUUUUAGAUUUUUUAUUAUUAAACGUCAAUGAUGGUGAUGAAUUACAGCAAAUCACAAGUUGCUUGAAAAAACAUAAACAUAUCUUGAAUAAAGAGACUAUGAACUAUAAAAUUCAGUUCUCGAAUGAUGGGAAGAUGGAAAUCCAUGAACAAUCAAUUAGAACCAAAUGUGAAGUGAUAUUAUCUUAUUUGAGUGAACCUGAAAUUCUAAAUGUGGAGAGAUUGAAGCACAAAAAGAACCAAAUGAAGAUCCAAAGGUCAAAUGAAAGUGCGAUUAUGACUAAUAAUAUUAAUUUCGACACGAAUGAGAUCGCAAACAAUAUUGCAAACAAUAAUUUGGAAGUUGAGGAUUCUAAUGAUGAUGAAGAUGAAGAGCUACAAGCAAGAGUCAAUUACGAACAUAGAAGACAUACAUCAACUAAGAUAGACGAAGAAAGGAGAAAGAGGAGAGAAUUGCUAAAGGAGAGAAUUAAGAAUAAUGAAGAACAAAGGCGAAAGUUGAGUCAAUCAUCUAUGUCUGCCAAUGAAGUGCCUGAUUUGUUAGACUUUGGUGAUUUUGAUACAACAGUCAGUAACUCCACCAAUAAUAAUGAUUUUGUAGAUAAUUUAAGUAAUAAGGAGGUCAAUAAAGACGAUGAUGAUGAGUUCGGUGAAUUUCAAAGUGAAAUGAUAAUGAAUAACACUACGUUGAAAAUUGAAGAUAAUAAGAAUAAUGAAGAUCUUUUAUCAGGAUUAUCGAAUGAUAAUGCACCAGAAGCUGAUACUGCGUCAGUUAAAAAGAAUGACGUAUUUAUGGACUUAUUUACAAAUUCAAAAUCAUUAAUAUAA